AUGCAGCACGACAUUUCAAAUCUCAUGACCGGCCAAUGGGCAACCCGGAACCGAGGACAUGACGCACAAGAAUCUACCAAGUUACCCCUCCUCCUCUCACAGGCCAUGGAAGGCCACCCGAUCACAUCGCAGAGCCAUUUCCUGGCGCUGCCUCUAGAAAUUCUCGCCGAGAUCAUGGCCUUGAUCGCCAGUGACAAAGCUGCCCUAUCUGCUCUCGCUCUGGUAAACAGCGAUUGCAGACAGCUGGCUCGCUCUUAUCAAUUUGUCGAAGUUUGCUUCGACUAUGGCCCGCGAUCAACACGGCUAUUACAGCGGCUCGUGGACGAAGCACAAGCCAGAGCGAACGGUGCCAGCGGCACGACAACUUCUCUAUUCAUCGGCUCUUGCAUUCGUCAAGUCACAGUCCAGCCUGCGUCACGGCACGUUGCUGCUGCGCACAAAGAACUCUGGGAGGCCAACUGGGGCAGCCCAGGGCAUACUCUCUCACAGCAAAAGAUGGAUGAGCUGCGCACCAACGCAGCACAGGAGUACCUCGUCAACUAUCGCCAACCUAUUCUCAAGGUUUUGGAGCAAGCAAUGCCCAAUCUUGAUAGCCUCUGGUGGAACGAUGAGAUGUGUCUCGACAUCGAGGCCUUUGAAACAUUGGCGAGCCUGCCCUUGCAAAAUCUCGAGUUUUCUGGCGCCUACGCUGGAGGGCUAUUAUCUCUAGAGUCUCCGUUGGGCUCAAACGCCACGCAGCUGCAAUCGCUUUCACUGGGCAUCAGCUCUUGCAAAGACUCUAUGCAUGCUAGAGGGGUGACAAGCAGCGGCAAGGCAAAGAAAUCCGAGAGACCGUCUUCACCCACAUCAAGCUUCCUCCAGCACAGCUGCGAGUCACUGGAGAGCCUCACAAUCAAAGCCUCCGGCUCAAAGGUUGAAAAGUUCCGGGGCCACGAGACAAUGACAUUCCCCCGCCUUCGCUAUCUCGACCUUGCCUCUGGCACCAGCUAUCCUGACCUGUUAGCCUGGUCGUCGUUCUUGGCUGCACCGCUGAGACACCUGUCACUGCCUCUCAACGGCCCAAACACCUCUGGAAAAUACAUGUCCGACUGCCCAACGUUUGACGACCUUGAAACGCUGGUUGUGCCGUCUCUCUCCAUGGACACGGAAUUGGCAAAGCUGAUUGCAGACUUUGUCUUGCAGCACACUCAUGUCAGCAAACUCUCUGUCCAAAACAGUGCACCAUUUUUCCUGGAUCAGCAAAUUCUUCCGGCCCUGGCUGGCGGAGAAUGGUCAAAUCUCACUUCCCUUUCAAUAUCAUGGCGAUACCCUGAAACCGAAUCGUGCUGCUCAGGCACCCCCCAGCAAGUUUACACAUACAUCCCCGCGGAAUCGCUGGCCGCCAUCGCUAGCAUCAAAUCAUUAGAGCAGCUUUGCAUCAGCGCUGGUGAGGCUAUUGAUGAGGUUGAUGGCUGGCGUCAGUUUUGGCUGCCCGACCAUGACGACUUCCGCAUGCGACUCCAAGGCUUGGAUAAUCUCCAGAAGCUUGCCUUUUCGAGAGAUACAUACAUGAUUCCGGACAAGAUGCCCUUCCUUGAUAUCGAAAGCUACUACGACGACCAGUGGGUGACACAGGCAGAGUUCAACGACGCUGAAGCACUCCCGCAGUUUGGUCCAGUCGAUCAGGGUCUUAGACAACGAAAUGAGGCUCGCACGACUGAUUCGGCUGAUGGCAUUGAUGUCGACAACUACGGUUUCGAAGUAGAUGACUACGAUAUCGACAUCCAUGCGGAUGUCAAUAACUUUGCGCCUAACGAUCUGGUUUGGGAGCGUGCUCAUCUUUACCGUAUGCUCAAGGAAGCAGAGCAGUACGCAACGGUCUUGCCAAACUUGAAAUGGGUCUUUUGCGGCCAGUGGCCAAUGUCAGUUGAGGCAAAGGAGGAAUCGGAAGAGAAGACCUUCAACGCCACGCCUCUGGCUAACAAGAGAGAUACUGAGGGAAAAGUCUUGGUACCAAUCUUUGAAAUGAAAGGAAGCAACUGA